GCGGUGGCGGAGCUGCGCGGCCGAGCGGCCUCUCCCGCGCCCCUGCUCCGGCGGCCUCCAGGCGCCCCUCGCCAGCGGGGCUCGGCUCCCGCGCCCGACUCACCGCGCUUUUUAGCGGCGCCGCCACCGCCUCCGCGAGAGGAAGGGGGAAAGAACCGCUUGUGCCGCGCAGCUGCCCCGAGGCAAAGCCCACCAUGUCGCGGCCGCUCCCGCUGAACCCCACCUUCCUACCUCCCACCUACGGGGUGCUGAAGUCCCUGCUGGAAAACCCGCUGAAGCUGCCGCUCGCUCACGAAGACGCAUUCGGUAAAGAAAAAGACAAAGAAAAGAAGUUAGACGAUGACAGCACCAGUACCACAGUCCCUCAAUCAGCUUUCUUGGGCCCAACAUUAUGGGACAAGACACUGCCAUACGACGGAGACACUUUCCAGUUGGAAUACAUGGACCUGGAAGAAUUCCUCUCAGAAAAUGGCAUUCCACCCAGCCCAAACCAGCACGAGCAUAGCCCACACCAGUCAGGUCUCCAGCAAGCUACCUCAGCAUCACCUUCUGUCAUGGACCUCAGCAGCAGGGCUUCUACUUCAGUCCAUCCAGGCAUGGUGUCGCAGAACUGCAUGCAGAGCCCGGUCAGACCAGGUCAGAUCUUGCCAGCAAACCGAAACACACCAAGUCCCAUUGAUCCUGAGACUAUCCAAGUUCCUGUUGGCUACGAACCUGACCCUGCAGAUCUUGCUCUUUCCAGUAUUCCUGGCCAGGAGAUGUUUGACCCUCGUAAGCGCAAAUUCUCUGAAGAAGAGCUGAAACCACAGCCAAUGAUUAAGAAAGCUCGCAAAGUCUUCAUUCCAGACGACCUGAAGGAUGACAAAUACUGGGCAAGGCGUAGAAAGAACAACAUGGCUGCGAAGCGGUCGAGGGAUGCGCGCCGGCUGAAGGAGAACCAGAUCGCCAUCCGCGCCUCCUUCCUGGAGAAGGAGAACUCGGCCCUUCGCCAGGAGGUGGCCGACUUACGGAAAGAGCUGGGCAAGUGCAAGAACGUCCUUGCAAAGUACGAAGCUCGACACGGCCCCCUGUAAAUUCAAGGGGGAAGAGCGGGGUUUUUUUUUUCUUUUUUCUUUUUUUUUCUUUUUUUUUUUUCUGUUGUGGGUUGGCAUUUGAAUAGAUGGACAAUGUGUUUCCUGUUUGAUAGCACCACACCCAAACCAACCUUUCUGUCUUCAGCACUUUACCAGAAGCAGAAACAAAACUGACUUAACGUUACUUUUUUGUUUUGUUUUGUUUUGUUUCGUUUGCGUAUGCGUGUACCUGCGUAUGUGUGCACACGUGUGUUCACACGUCUGUCUAUGUGUGGGGGGGCUUGUGUGUGUGCAUGUGUGCGUGUGUGUGUGUGUGUGUGCGCACGCAUCUCAGCACUUCCCAUUUUUAUGAAGCCCUCUUCAAAGGGUGCCACAUUUUUACCUGGACUGUUGAGAACCGCCAUAGUAAGCUUUUUAUUAUAUUUUUAUUUCAGUGCUGCUUCAGAGUAGGGUUUUUAUGUUAUUGUAACCAGUUCCAUCCUCCUGAUUUACUUGGAAAGAUCCCAGUAUAAAUUAUAAAAAAAGGAAAAAAAAAAAAAAGAAAAAAGAAAAAAAAGUAGAUCUCAGUUUUUUUGGGAGUAACAAGCUAUUGUUUAAGUAUGUCUAAUCAGAAAAGUUAACAUGCUAAUAAAGUGCACAAAUAAUAAUUUAGUACUACACUGCAGAACUAUUAAUUUAUAGAUUGCUUUUGUUGUAUUUUAAGUUUUGGUGAUAAUUGUCUUCAGAUUUAAAGUGCUGUUAGACUGAGUUAGCGAUACUCAUUAUAGAUCCCAUAAUGGCUUCUCUCUAGCUAUUGAGGUUCCUUUUCCUCCCCCGGACCCCAGGUAGUAGCAGAGCUCUCCAUAGACCACAGAGUGUGUAUUUUGCACUGUCUGUACCUGAAGCAAUAAUCCUAUUGUACGCUAGCGCAUGCUGCCCGGAUGUUCCUAGUGGACGUAGGAUGGUUUCCCUACCCAACAGGAGUUUUAAUGUCUUUAACAAAAAGUUAAGAAGUAAAAGACACAUUAACGUGAGCAUGCUAAUUGUAUCCCUGUCUCUAGGGAGCGCAUGUAUAAGAAGCAGGAUAAUUAGUUGAAACGAGAACAAAAUUAAUAGUAUCAAAUCAGAUCCGACGUCGAAAUCAGAGGGGCUUUUCUGUUUUCAGUUAGUUAUGCAUUUCUUCAAGUUCCAUUUUGUGAUUAAAAUUUAAAUAAAUACCUAAAUUCAGUUGUUUUUUCCCACGUUCUGUAAUAUAUUUUCUGUGGAUUAUAUCUUGCUGUUUUAAAAAUCACUUUUAUUCAGUUAGAAGUCACUGGUUUGCAAAGCCCAUUUUUCCUAGUGAUUGUUGUUUUGAGUGUGACAUGAACUGAUGGUUCUGAAAUUUAUCGUUUUAAAUUCUCUAUUUGCUUUUGAAUACGUAUGUUCUAAUAUAAAGUGGACUUCUGGAAAAUGAAUGUAAGAGACACUGGUGUAUUUCGGAAGGGGAUGGUGUUGUCAUAUACUGUGGUUAAUCCAAUCAAUCUAAGUGUUUACUAUAGACCAAAAGAAUAGAUAUUAUAAAAUGUAUAAAGUUUAUACAGAAUAAUUAUAGUAUGUUCGUUUUGUACAGUAUUUUUCAAGUACAAAUACUGACAAUGUAUUUUGAAAGACAUAUAUAUAGCAAAAAGAAAAAGCUAUUCCAUGUUUAAAAUAUAUAGCAAAGAUAUAUAUUCUCCAUUAUUGUACAGAAAGGAAAUGCUUAGGGGUUUGUUGGUUGUUGUUGUUGUUGUUUUUUAAAUCUUUAAUAUUUUAAGCCUACCACUGGCACACCGGCAUGUUCUGUGCUUUAAAUUAAAUUUUUAUGGCAGUAAUAUGGCUUUCCAGGAUGUUCCAUAUUACUGAAAAAGAGAGACUUUAUUAUUUUCCAUCAGAAACACAUAACGAAACUGUUUAAUAGGGACAAAGCACAACACGGAUUGUAGUCAACUAUUGAUUGGACAAUUCAAUAUUUUGAAAAGGCAGAAAAAUAAUACGUAACAGAAAAAAAAAAAAUCUCAUAGUCAUUUCUAAUCUGCUGCUGCUGCUAGAAUCUGUUUCCAGCUGAAUUUUUUUUUUUAUAAAUAGCUCUGUUCAUGUAUACAGUUGUGCGUACUGCAUACGGUUAUUAACAUGUGAGGAAAAUAUGGUGCUACAUGUCUUGCUCACAGUUUUCUAAGUGUUUUGACAUUAUUUUCAAAUAAAAAGGUUGUUCAUUCCAUUAAAUCAUUAUUCACGCUUCAGGAGAUUGUUACAAAGGACUCAACAUUUUGUUCAGCGUUAAAAAUACCCUUGCAUCAAUGGCAUUUUUCCAGUAUUUUUCCUCAAACGUACCCAACUUUUCAGCGUCCCUUAACGUGCAGUACUUGCCUGUGGACCAUUUAUUCAGCAAAUUGAAUUUCUGUGUGCUGCAGCGAAGUUUCAAGAGUAGUAAGUUAUUUUCUAAAGGUCAGUAUAAGGCACUGGAUGCGUGGGUGGAGGAAUGAGACUGGCAGGGUUUGGCACAAUCAGUGCAGCUGCUGGAGCCACUAGGAAAUAAAACUUGAUUAUUUUUUUUUUUUACCUUUGGAAGAAGGUGACGGUGGCAGGGCUCAGCCAGCCCCCGCUGUGGAUACACUUUUAGCAGCAACAAAGCAAAUUGCAACAGCUUCUAAUCGCCCUUAACGAUGAUUGUUCUUGGGGUGAGGCUUGAGCAGCAGGAACGGUGUGCGUGAGAGCAGCUGGGACCUACCUGGCGAGGGCCAUCGUGGGUUUGACCACAAAACUUGCUUUAAAAUGUACAAGGCAGCUUGGAAUAAAAUCAGAGAGAAUUAUUUUGUUUCUUUGGGGCAGGGAUGGGGUGGGAGAUGGUAUUUUUUUGUAGGCUGGGUAUCACAGAUUUAUUGUCACGGCCACAGAGGAGCACAGAGACUUCCAGCAGCCCAAAGCUGCUCAGAUGCCUCCUGGCCCCAUCCUGCCGGGCAGGGGCACAUCGGGGGGACUGGAGUGAGCAGGGGGGGUUCAGCCCCAGCCAGCUCUUUUUGGGGGGGUAAGGACUUUCAGAGGAGCCUGUGGGACUUGGGCACUCCCCGGUUACCCUGGGAGAUGGGUACCCUGGUGCCUCUGAAAAGCUCGCCCCGAAAAAAUAAGAGAGGAAAAAAAAAAAAGGCAAAAUUUGUGGGCUAAAGCUUGGAAAAAA